GAAAAACCGGAAGGAAAACUAGGAAGAUCUGCGUCGCAACGGAGAAAAGGUAACCAAAAAACUGGAUUAAAAAACACUUCAGUGAAAAUACUCUUUAGUUUGGCUUUGUUGUCAGGACUUUUUAUAGCUCCCUUAUUAAAAAUCCGCUCCCUCUGUUUCUUUUCUUUCUAGCCAAAGAGAAUGGAUUAUAAUACGGGAGGAUUCUCUGUUUUGAUUGAACUUGGGAAACGUUGUUUGUCGUUAAAUAUAAAGCCGGUGUGUUUUCAAUUUUAAUUCCUGAUGAUUGAUUUUCUGUGUUUUUUUGCUCUUCUAUUUGAGUCUUUGACGUCUUCGAGUAGUUUGGUUUGGUUCGUUGAGUUCUUUUAAAGCAUAGCUUUGCAUUGCGGCUAAAUGACUUUUUAAUAGCGAGAUAGUUUUCUUUAGUUUCCCCAAAAGUGCCUGGAUGCUGAAUUGCAAGCUUUUGUUUUUAUGCAAAAUAGACCAAGAAAAUGUAUCUAUGGAAGCCUUUCAAGACUUUCUAGAUAACUCUAGAUAACAGGAACGUGGAUUUAACCCAACAGCAAAAUUGGCCUUUUCCAAAGGCCAAUCCCUCAUUCACCAUCACUGUUCCACCACCAAUGUUCAACCAUCACUGUCCGACUCUAUCACCACACUCUUCCACCAUCACUGUUCCACUGUUCCACCAACACUGUUCCACUGUUCCACCAUAACCAAUCCACCAUCGCGGUUCCAACAACACUAUUCCACUGUUCCACCUCAGUGUUCCACCACACUGUUCCACCAUCACUGUUCUACUAAACCACCAACACUGUUCCACUGUACCACCACACUGUUCCACCGUCAUUGAUCCACUGUUCCACUCUCACUGUUCAACCAACACUGUUCCAUCGUUCCACCCACACUGUUCCACUGUUCACCACACUUUUUCACCAUCACUCUUCCAUUGUUCUACCAUCACUGUUCCACUAUUCCAUCAACACUGUUCCACUGUUCCACCACACUGUUCCACCAUCACUAUUUCAUUGUUCCACCACACUGUUCCACUUUCACUGUUCCACUGCUCUACUGUUCCACCAGCACUGUUCCAUAACACUGUUCCACAAACACUGUUCUACUGUUCCACGAACACUGUUCCACUGUUUCACCAACACUGUUCCACUGUUCCACCAUCACUGUUACACUGUUCCACCAUCACUGUUCCACUGUUCCACCACACUGUUCCACUGUUCCACUGUUUUACCACACUGUUCCACAAUCACUGUUUUACCGUUCCCCCUAUUUCACUAUCACUGUUGCAUCUACACUGUUCCACCAUCACUGUUCCACUGCUCCACCAACACUGUUCCACUAUUCCACCAACACUGUUCCACUGUUCCACCACACUAUUCCACCAACACUGUUCCACUGUUGCACCACACUGUUCAACCAUCACUAUUCCACUGUUCAACCACACUGUUCCACCAUCACUGUUCCACUGCUCCACCAACACUGUUCCACUAUUCCACCAACACUGUUCCACUGUUUCACCACACUGUUCCACAAACACUGUUCCACUGUUCCACCACACUGUUCCACCAUCACUGUUCCACUGCUCCACCAACACUGUUCCACUAUUCCACCAACACUGUUCCACUGUUUCACCACACUGUUCCACAAACACUGUUCCACUGUUCCAUCUAACUAUUUCACUAUCACUGUUCCACCUACACUGUUCCACCAUCACUGUUCCACUGUUCCACCAACACUGUUCCACUAUUCCACCAACACUGUUCCACUGUUCCACCACACUAUUCCACCAACACUGUUCCACUGUUGCACCACACUGUUCAACCAUCACUAUUCCACUGUUCAACCACACUGUUCCACCAUCACUGUUCCACUGCUCCACCAACACUGUUCCACUAUUCCACCAACACUGUUCCACUGUUUCACCACACUGUUCCACAAACACUGUUCCACUGUUCCACCACACUGUUCCACCAUCACUGUUCCACUGCUCCACCAACACUGUUCCACUAUUCCACCAACACUGUUCCACUGUUUCACCACACUGUUCCACAAACACUGUUUUACUGUUCCAUCUAACUAUUUCACUAUCACUGUUCCACCUACACUGUUCCACCAUCACUGUUCCACUGUUCCACCAACACUGUUCCACUAUUCCACCAACACUGUUCCACUGUUCCACCCCACUAUUCCACCAACACUGUUCCACUGUUCCACCACACUGUUCAAACCAUCACUGUUCCGCUGUUCCACCCACACUGUUCCACCAUCACUCUUCCACUGUUCCACCAACACGGUUCCACAGUUCCUUCACACUGUUCCACCAACGCUGUUCCACUGUUCCACCACACUGUUCCACCAACACUCUUCCACUGUUCCACAUUCACUGUUCCACUGUUCCACCACACUGUUCCACCAACACUGUUUCACUGUUCCACCUCACUGUUCUACCAUCACUGUUCCACCAACCCUGUUCCAUCAUCACUGUUCCACUGUUCCACCACAAUGUUCCACUUUCACUGUUCCACUGUUCCACCAACACUGUUCGACAACACUGUUGCACUUUCACUGUUCCACUGUUCCACCACACCGUUCCACAAACACUGUUUUACUAUUCCACCAAACUGUUCCAGUAUCACUGUUCCACCUACAAUGUUCCACCAUCACGGUUCCACUGUUCCACCAACAAGGUUCCACAGUUCCAUCACACUGUUCCACCAACACUGUUCCACGGUUCCACCACACUGUUCCACCAACACUCUUCCACUGUUCCACCAUCACUGUUCCACCAACACUGUUUCACUGUUCCACCUGACUGUUCUACCAUCACUGUUCACCAACCCUGUUCCACCAUCACUGUUCCACUGUUCCACCACAACGUUCCACUUUCACUGUUCCACUGUUCCACUGUUAAACAAACACUGUUCCACUAUUCCACCAACACUGUUCCACUGUUGCACCACACUGUGCCACCAACACUGUUCCACUCUUCCACGUCACUGUUCCACUAUUCCACCAACACUGUUCCACUGUUCCACCACACUGUUCCACCAUCACUGUUCCACUAUCACUGCUCCACUAUCACACUGUUCCACCAGCACUAUUUCACUGUUCCACCACACUCUUCCACCACACUGUUGAACCAACACUGUUUCACUGUUCCCCCACACUGUUCCACAAACACUGUUUUACUGUUCCACCUCACUAUUCCACUAUCACUUUUCCACCUACACUGUUCCACCAUCACUGUUCCACUGUUCCACUGUUCCACCAACACUGUUCCACUAUUCCACCAACACUGUUUCACUGUUCCACCACACUGUUUUACCAUCACUCUUCCAUUGUUCCAUUUUCACUGUUCCACUGUUACACCACACUGUUCCACCAACACUCUUCCACUGUUCCACCUCAGUGUUCCAGCAUCACUGUUCCACUGUUCCACCAAAACUGUUCCACCACGCUGUUCCACUAUCACUGUUCCACGGUUUCACCAUCACUGUUUCACUGUUCAACCAACACUGUUCCACUUUUCCACCGCACGGUUCCACUAUCACUGUUCCACCAUCACAAUUCCACUGUUCCACCACACUGUUCCACCAUCGCUGUUUCACUGUUCCACUAUGAGUGUUCCACCAACACUGUUCCACUUUUCCACCACAUUGUUCCUCCAUCACUGUUCCACUGUUCUACCAACAGUCUUCCCCUGUUCCACCACACUGCUCUACCAUCACUGUUCCACCUACACUGUUCCACCAUCACUGUUCCACUGUUUCACUUUCACUGUUCCACUGUUCCACCAACACUAUUCCACCACAGUGUUCCACCAACACUGUUCCACUGUUCAGCCACACUGUUCCACAAACACUGUUUUACUGUUCCACCUCACUGUUCCACUAUCACUGUUCCACCUACACUGUUCUACCAUCACUGUUCCACUGUUCCACCAACACUGUUCCACUAUUCCACCAACACUGUUCCACUGAUCCACCACACUGUGCCACCAACACUGUUCCACUCCUCCACCUCAGUUUUCCCCCAACACUUUUCCACCUACACUGUUCCAGCAUAACUGUUCAACUGUUCCACCAAAACUGUUCCACCACACUGUUCCACCCACACUGUUCCACUUUUCCACCACACUCUUCCACUAUCACUGUUCCACGGUUCCACCAUCUCUGUUUCACUGUUCAACCAGCACUGUUCCACUUUUCUACCCCACUGUUCCACUAUCACUGUUCCACCAUCACUAUUCCACUGUUCCGCCACACUGUUCCACUAUCGCUGUUUCACUUUUCCACUAUGAGUGUUCCACCAAGACUGUUUUACUGUUCCACCACAUUGUUCGUCUAUCACUGUUCCACUGUUUUACCACACUGUUCCACCAACACUGUUCUACUGUUCUACCAACACUGCUCCUCUGUUCCACCACGCUCUUCCACCAGCACUGUUCCACCUCACUGUUCCACCACACUGUUCCACCAACACUGUUACACUAUUCUAGCAACACUCUUAUACCAACAUAUUUCCACUUUUCCACUAUCACUGUUCCACUAACACUGUGCCACUGUUCCACCAUCACUUUUUCACAGUUCCACUUCCUUGUUUUAUUAACAAUGUUCCACUGUACCACCACACUGUUCCACCAUCACUGUCCCACUGUUCCAUUGUAGCACCACACUGUUCCACCAUCACUGUUCCACUAUUACUGUUCUACUGUUCCUUUACCAUUAUUCCCCUUUUUCACCAACACUGUUCGACAGUUGCACCACUCUGUUCCACCAUCACUGUUCCACUAUUGCUCUUCUUUUGUCCCGAGUCUUUGACGUCUUCAAGCAUUAUGGCCGAAUUUCAGUUCGUUGAGUUCUUUUGAAGUAUAGCUUUGCAUAGCUACUUUUUCUUAGCGCGAAAGUUAAGGACCUCGGUAGUUUUCCAAAAACUUGCAGCGAUUUAUUUCCAUGUACCAUUAUUAUUAUAACGAACGUUAUCGUUACUCUAUAUAUACUACUACAUGAGAAAUUUCUGCAAUUUGAUUGACUUAGAGCAGUGGUAUUUCAGCUUAAUCUGAAAUACCUACAUGUUACUUGUGAUAUUUCAAAAUUGUCUCAAAUUUCACUCGUCUAACUGCUCGUGAAAUUAUGUCUAACAAUUUCGAAAUAUCACUGGUGGUAUUUGUGCCAAAUAUAACUAUAAAUCAUGCUAUUACCUAUACUAAUAGGCCAUUUUCAUGAUGAAGGUAUUGGACAACAACUAUCAGAAUUUUUUUUUGCCUUCUUAUUUAAAUUUGUUAAACCAAUACGCCACUUCUACAUUUCUCAUCAUGCACCUUAUUUCCCUUCCAAAAAAAAUUUUGUGUAAGCAUUGCCUUCAGUAGAUUUUUUCGGCCAGUUUCCACUUUUCCAGAGAGUUUUGCCAGUGUUCACCCAGUGUUAAUUAUAACCGUGUUCUGAGCCAUUUUCAGUUUGCCGAACGCUUUUACGUAAACCCAUUUGUCGUGAACAGUUUCAUGAUAGCACAUGGCGUAGACUAGAAAAGCAUUUGUCUUCUUAAAAUCACUCACUAAGGAAGGGAUCUGGAGGUCCAAAGAAUUCCUAAACCGUGGUCUAAGUUAGACUUCAUUUAAAUAAAAUGAUAACCAACCCUUAUUUUCUCCUAAAGAGUGUUUUGUAAACUCUUUUCAGAUUCCAAGAUCUCGGCGAUCGUCGCGCCAGUGGUUGUUUUCGUUUUAGUCGCCCUUAUAUUAUUGGUUGGAUUCUUCUACUGGAGAAGGUAGGAUCACGCCUCACUAGAAACGCCAUGAUACAUUUUUUAAGAGAACCUGCAACAGAUGUAGUUAAAUGGAAACUGAAAAGUUGAGAUUGAAGAGGGAUCGACUUUCUUUCGUAAAGAGCGAAAGCAGCAGGAAAACGUCAAAAGAUUCAAAAUGGCGGUGCGCUGAAGAUAAAUAGAGAAUGUAAGCGUUGACAACGAGUUUGCCGAUUGAGCGCAUCGGUUCUUCGCAGCUGCACAUGCUCUAGUCGUUUUUACGGCAAGUUUUCAUCGAAAAGUCGAGGUGGCGAGAACGAGAUUUUUAAAGGAUCAGGAGCAACAGUUUCGAUUUGAUUUCGAAAUACUCGCUUACGUGACAGGCGCCGAAAUCGACUUCAAAUCAAUAACGAUUUUCGAAAUCGCACUCGUUGUCAACGUUAACACUCUCUAGUGUAAAGGCCAAAACAGGAAAUCUUUGUGCUACUUUUUUCCUUUCACUUGCCAGGAAAACAGUUGGAAUUUUGGCUUUCGUUUGAACCUAUUUCGUUCAAUUUGUUACAAAACGGAAGCAAAUAGAAAAUUAGUGAAAUUAAAACUAAUCGGGUACUACAACGCUGUCUGUCCCAGUGGGGAAGGGUACUCCGGAUUUAAAGUGACAGGGAUGAUCAAAGAUUUUUUGGGGGUUUCAAAUUUUCAAUUUCAGGAUAUUUUUGGAUUGGAAAAUUUUGGCAGGUAUUUUUCUGGGUAGCUUGAUUUAAGUAGAGUUUUUUUUGGGUAUUCAAAACAAUCUCAAGAUUCGAGAUAGUUCCCACGUAUCCCGGCCGCGUAGUUCCGCGAAAAGAUUAUUUUGGCUCGGAAAGUCAGCGUGAAAUUUUGGUUCAGGGAUUUUCCUGGAAUUUGUUUGAAGCCCUAGGGAUUUUUUUGGGUUUUGAUUUUUGCCCCCAUUCUAUCAUCCCUGUCACUUGAAAUCCUGAGUACUCCCCCCUCCCCUCCCCGGACUGUAUAUGCAGCCAUGACAAUGCUAUCGUUUUUUUUGCUUAUUCUAUGACAGAAGGAGAUCAAAUAAAAACUUGGAGAUUCAGCAAGUGACAUUCCAGAAGUAAGUAAUCUUAAAAUGAAUAUACUUAAGUCUUUUGCGGGUAGUAGUAUAAACAAAUAAUAGCAUGAUUUGUACGUGAUAUUUGGCAUAAAUACCACUCGUGAUAUUUCCAAAUUAUCUCAAAUUUCACUUGCCUAACGGCUCGUGAAAUUACGUAUAACAAUUUUGAAACAUCACACGUGGUCUUUAUGCCAAAUAUUACUACAAAUCAUGCUAUUACCUAUACAAAGCGCUGUUAUUUUAUUUAAUCACAUGUUACGUAUUUUUGAUUUGCAGAUCUGGCCAGGAACCUCUAGAAGGAGCAGUAAACCCUUUGUAUGAUGGGUAAAUAUGAUGAUAUUUCAGCUUUAGCACACUUCUCUUCUUUAUAAUAAUUUGGAUCAAAACCCUUCGGCUUUAGAAUUCACGAGCUUAGUGCACAACAGGGAUGAGUUCCAUUUUACAUGGAGGUGGUGGACCCCAGAUAGGUGGGGUAAAAUGUGGCGGGUCACCCCACUUAUCAUGUAAACGUGAUCAUCUUAAAACGAGCGAUUAUACGGACAGGCGGGUUGCCCCACCUAAGCGGUUUACCUCACCUACCUGAGGUCCCACACCUCGAUGUAAACAGCCCUUAAUCUAGCCUGUUCCAGGCUCAAAAAUUGUUAUGUGCAGAGAUCGUAAAUGCAGAUGCGAAAAAAAAAAUCGCAGGUCACGUGCACCUUGUUUUCACGACGUCCCUACCAUCUUAGGCUAUGUUUUAACCCUUUCACUGCGAGAGUGCUUGAUGGAGAUUUUAAGGUGACUCUAACUUUUGAGUCUGUGGAUGAAAUCCUAUGAUGUGACCAUUCAAAUGAAAGCUCUCUGCCUGUACUUCCACACAAUGCUAUUUGUUUUUCAGAAUUUCAGAACGUGAAAUUUCGAAAUUUGGUCGAAAUUUGCUUUUGGUUAAAUUUGGCUCUGAAAGGGUCAAACUAUACCGGAGAGCUUUUCGUGGCGCCACGAAAAGCUAUCCCCCAGGGAAGCUAUCUGUUAUAGUAUGGACAGAAGCGGCCAAUGGUGGGCAGCCCUAAAGUCGUUCACACACAUAUAUCCAAUAGGGAGUUUAAGAUAGCACGACGGCGACGGACACGAAAACGUGGCUUAACAAGUGAAUUUGUGUUCUUUUAAUCUCUAUCGCGAUUACUCCAACUCAUUUACUUUGUCAAAAGCAAGCGAACUCUUACUUCCGCGAGGAAACCGAAUACGUGUUCACAAUGCUCUAAAAUAUGGCACAAAACCUAUCCGAUAUGUGACGCUCCACUCUCGUUCCGUCACUGAAAUCGCGCCGCCACAACCGUUCUUUUGUGUGAACAGAAGCUCUGUCCUGUAUGAUUAUCGUGUCGGUCCAAACGUUAUACUGUGAGCACAGUUUUAGAGCCUAGCACGGCUAGAAUUAAUCCGGUCGAUAAAAUCAAAUAUUUUUCAACACACAAUAUAAAGUCAGACCAUCACAAGAACUUUCCAUGGUGGAAAAUUUUUAAAAUGGUGUUUCAGUUUAUAUUUAUCAUUUUGUUUUUGGUUUCUUGUUAGAGGUGAACUGCAGUUCCGUGACACCAAAGAGACUUAG